AUGACAGGGGUUGUAGAUACUGAGGCGUGGAGGGAGUUUUUCUCCGUGCUACAAACCUUGCCGGAGCUUUGGAAGAACGAAGCGGAUGUCUUUAAAGACAAACAUAAGAAAAAAAUUGCACUUUCAAAACUAUUGGAAGUAUACAAGUCCAUAGACGGCAACGCGAAUGAAGACACCGUGAAAAAAAGACUUCAAAAUAUAAGAAGCUGCUACCGCAGAGAGUGUAAAAAAGUCGAGAGGAGCCGAAAAUCUGGAGCUGGCGUCGAUGAGGAGUAUGUACCAACGUUAUGGUACUUUGAUCUAGUUGAGUUCUUGAGGGAUCAAGAAAUCCAGUUGAGUGGUACGUCUACCGUCGACUUGGAUGAUGGAGAUCUUGAGUUACCAACGGAAACUCAUGAGCCGGGGCCCAGCCGCAUGCAAUUCCGUUGCAAUUUAAACUUACUAGUCAAUUAAUGGCUUUCAAAUUGAACAUAAAGACCAUCGUUUUGGUUAAAACCGGGUUGUUCUCAAUCAUUGCUACUCCCUAAAACCCUCCCGAAGGACUACGCACGUAUGUAAUUUAACGCCAGUCAUAAACCAGACGACUCCAGAUAAGCAAAAUGAAACGACAUAUAAAGAUAAAUUUGAGACGCGAGAAUCAAUUUUCUGAUUAGGCUUAGAAUGCGUAUGAGCAGAAAGAUGCAUUUUAAAGAGUCGACGCGAUAAUGUAUUUCAGAUAAUCCUAAUGAGCGUUUCAUUUUUCUUAUUUAGUCAAUA